AUGGCCGUCGGUCUCGUCGAUGCCGGCGGCAGCGAUGGUCGUCAGUACGGCGGGAGGAUCACUGUGUUCGUGGCGCUGUCCUGCGUCACCGCGCCAUGGGCGGCGCUAUGUUCGGCUAUGACCUCGGAACCUCUGGAUGUUUUGCACAGCACAGGUGGCGUGUCAUCCAUGGGGUCGUUCCUCGAGGAGUUCUUCCCGGACGUGUACCGCCGGAUGAAGGGCGACGUGCGCGUCAGCAACUACUGCAGGUUCGACAGCCAGCUCCUGACGCUCUUCACGUCGUCGCUCUACAUCGCCGGCCUGCUCACCGCGAUGCUCCUCUCGUCGUGGUUCACGGCCAUGCACGGGCGCCGCCCGUCCAUGAUCAUUGGCGGGGCGGGGUUCCUCGCCGGCGCCGCGAUCAGCGGCGGCGCCAUCAACGUUUACAUGGCCAUCCUGGGCAGAGCGCUCCUCGGAGUGGGCCUCGGGUUCGCGAAUCAGGUGCGGCGCCGAAAAGAAUUGAAGCCAAGCAAAAUUUUGCAGGCUGUGCUUUUGUACCUGUCUGAAAUGGCACCUGCACGAUACCGAGGAGCAUUCAGCAACGGGUUCCAGCUCAGCCUCUGCCUCGGCUCCCUCGCCGCAAACAUCAUCAACUACGGAGCGGAGAAGAUCACCGGCGGCUGGGGCUGGAGGCUGUCUCUGGGCCUGGCCCGCGUCCCCGCCGUGCUCUUCACUGUGGGCGCCGUCUUCCUGCCGGAGACGCCCAACAGCCUGGUGCAGCAGGGCGAGGACCGUGGCAUUGUGCGCUCGCUGCUGCAGAAGAUCAGAGGCACGGACGACGCCGCCGCCGUCGACGCCGAGCUGGACGACAUCGUCGCUGCGAACAGCGCGGCGGCACGGGGCGGCGACCACAGCGGCCUGCGGCUCAUCCUUUCGCGGCCGAGGUACCGGCCGCAGCUGGCGGUCGCCGUCCUGUUGCCGGCGUUCACACAGCUCAACGGUAUCAACGCCAUCGGGUUCUACGCGCCUGUGCUGCUCCGCACGGUGGGCAUGGGCGAGAGCCUGGCGCUGCUCUCCACGGUCGUCACGGUGGUCAUCUACACGGCGUCGACGGUCGUGUUCAUGUUCGUCAUCGACCGGUUCCGCCGCCGCACGCUGCUGAUCGCCGGCAGCCUCCAGAUGCUGGUCUCCGAGGUGCUGAUCGGCGCCGUCCUGGCGGCCAAGCUGGGCGACGAGGGCGGGAUGGCGCGCGGCUACGCGGCGGCGCUGUUCGUCCUCAUCGGCGUGUACGUGGCGGGCUACAGCUGGUCGUGGGGCCCCAUGACGUGGCUGGUGCCCACCGAGAUGUUCACCAUCUUCAUCGCGCAGGGCUUCGUCGCCAUGCUGUGCCGGAUGAGGGCCUGGCUCUUCUUCUUCUUUGCGGGGUGGAUCGUCGUAAUGACGGCCUUCGUGUACUUGUUCUUGCCGGAGACGAAGGGGAUGCCCAUUGAGCAGAUUGGGAAGGUGUGGAGGGAGCACUGGUUUUGGGGCAGGGUUGUGGGGUCAGAUGAAUUGCAGGCGACUGAUAAGCUGUGA